CUCAUGAGAGACAGAGAGAGAGAGGCAGAGACACAGGCAGAGGGAGAAGCGGGCUCCUUGAGAGAAGCCUGAUGCGGAACUCGACCCCAGGACUCUGGGAUCACGCCCGGAGCCAAAGGCAGACACUCAACCACUGAGCCACCCAGGCAUCCCUUGAUUUAAGCUUCUUACUCUGUUGCCGAGUCCUCCAGUUGGGCCUUCUGGAACGGCUAACACUCAGGGUGAUCCAAGGGUGGAGGUGGGGCUCCUUUUGACCUCUCACCAUUCUUUUCAGGUCUGGCAUUUGGGCAUCUCCAGGAGGGCCCCAGGGACUGUGUAGGGGUGUCUCCCUGUAUCUCCCGAGAGGAUGGGGAUUCCCACCCAGAUGGAUGUCAGUCAUUUGGUGGCUUGGCUUCCUUUGGACGUCUCUCCCCAGUUUUUUUUUUCUUUUUGUUUAAAGUAAGCUCUACACCCAACAUGGGGCUUGAACUCAUGAUCCCAAGAUUAAGAGUCAUAUGCUCUUCUAACUGAGCCAGCCAGACUCCCUACCCUACCUCUUUUUCUUCUUCUCCCUCCACUCCCACCUCUUUAAUCCACCCACCCACCACAGAGGGUCUGGAGGGCACUGCCAGACCAGGGAGCCUGGAUUAGGUUCUAACCCCCCACAAAGGGCGGGCAAGCCACUGUGUGUGUCAGGUCUCGGGCCUGCGUCCUCGCCACUGCUCUGUCCCGCCACCCCAUCACCUCUGGUGUAGGGGCAGGGAAGCUGGGAGAAGUGAGGUGCCCCUGCCCCGAGGUGAGGAGCCAGAUGGCUGGUAGUCUGACUCUAAGACUCUGUCCCUUCUCAUUCGGAGUCCCAAGUCUCCUCUGCAAAGAAAGGGUCGUGGGCCACCUUUUGAGCAUGGACAUUCCAGGAUGCUGUAAGGAAACUGCCCCCUGGGGGCCCCCAGCUGCAGCGGACUACCCUCUCCCCCAGGAGAGGGGGCCAAGGCCCAGGAAGGGCAAGGGCGAGUCCAAGAUCCUGCCGGCCCAGAGUGGGGCAGACAGGGUGGGCCAGGGGGCCAGGAGAGGCCAUGGCUGUCUCCAGCUGUGGCAGAUGCAUUCUCCGAGGUUUUCUGAGCAAACGCCUUUCCUCCUGGGGACAGGCAUGGGGGCUUGAGCACCUUUUUGAGCCCAGGGUCCUCAUCGAUGGAAUAAGGCUGCCCAUAGUCCGUUUCCCCACUUCUCCAGAACCAGGGGUGUGAGCUCUCUUGGCCCAGGCCUGGACCAGGUCACCCCGGGAGGGCCCCUCAGGAAGACGCCAGGGCUGUGGCUUUGGGUGGGGCUGGUGGCCUCUUCUGGGAGCCCAGCAUCUGGAAGCCAUCAGGCCAGGGGCGGGGGGAGUCGCAGGAGAGGGCCGGGAAAGGGGGAAUGCCUCCUCCAGGCCACACACAGGCCCAUCCCUCGGGAGCGGUGGCGUUGGGCCUACAGGCCCCGCUGCUGUCUUUGCCUCCUGCCAAUACCUCUGGGCCUCUCCCCCUUCCACUGGCUGCCUUCUCUCUCACCCCACUGGCUGCUGCUCCUGUAAGAUGCAGUCACGUAAUAUGCAGUAACAUUGCCCACUGCAUGCUGGGAGCCUUGCUCCUUUGGCACAGGAUGGGGCUGCCUCUUGGGGUGGGCAGGCUCAGGGGAGAAGUGUCUCCAGGGGUGGUUGGUCUGGUGUCCCCUUCUUGGAGUAAGUGGUACCUGUCUCGUUUUUGAAGUCUUAGCAUGGGGUGUCUGGGGCCAGGCUGGGAGCUUGCAGACCAGUGUGUGGCUGCAGAUGUGGCUGUGGCGAUGGGGAGGGAGGAGCGAUGUCUUCCUAGUCCUCAAGCCUGCGGUGCCGCAGGAGGGGGUCCAGGUGCAUAGCCAGGAGCUCAGAGGUGUCCCAGGGACAGGUGUCUGCAAUUAUUGUCUGGGACCAUCUGUAUCAGAAUCACAGAGAUUCUCGCUAGCUGGUCAGGCUUCUGGGCCCCACCCACACCUGCUGGCCAGACACUGGGGCUAGGACCUGGAGCUGCACACUUACGGACACCCAGACACCCCAGAGCCUUGCCAACAUUCCACUGACCCCUGAGACUCAGCGGGACCAGGAGCGGCGGAUUCGGCGGGAGAUUGCCAAUAGCAACGAGCGGAGGCGCAUGCAGAGCAUCAAUGCGGGCUUCCAGUCCCUCAAGACCCUCAUCCCCCACACAGAUGGAGAGAAGCUUAGCAAGGCAGCCAUUCUCCAGCAGACGGCGGAGUACAUCUUCUCCUUGGAGCAGGAGAAGACCAGGCUCCUGCAGCAGAACACACAGCUCAAGCGCUUCAUCCAGGAGCUGAGCGGCUCAUCCCCCAAGCGGCGGCGGGCAGAGGACAAGGACGAGGGCAUCGGGUCGCCGGACAUCUGGGAGGACGAGAAGGCGGAGGACCUGCGCCGGGAGAUGAUCGAGCUGAGGCAGCAACUGGACAAGGAGCGCUCGGUGCGCAUGAUGCUGGAGGAGCAGGUGCGCUCGCUGGAGGCCCACAUGUAUCCGGAAAAGCUCAAGGUGAUCGCACAGCAGGUGCAGCUUCAGCAGCAGCAGGAGCAGGUGAGGCUGCUGCAUCAGGAGAAAUUGGAGCGCGAACAGCAGCACCUGCGGACCCAGCUCCUGCCCCCUCCGGCCCCUACCCACCACCCCACAGUGAUCGUGCCGGCGCCACCCCCUCCCUCCCACCACAUCAAUGUUGUCACCAUGGGUCCCUCCUCGGUCAUCAACUCUGUUUCCACAUCCCGGCAAAACCUGGACACCAUCGUGCAGGCGAUCCAGCACAUCGAGGGCACCCAGGAAAGGCAGGAGCAGGAGGAGGAGCAGCGGCGAGCGGUCAUUGUGAAGCCGGGCCGCAGCUGCCCCGAGGCCCAUGCCUCUGAUACUGCCUCCGAUUCAGAGGCCUCGGACAGCGACGCCAUGGACCAGAGCCGGGAGGAGCCAGCAGGGAGUGGGGGGCUUCCCUGACCACCCCCCAGCCCUCCUCUCCCUUCUUGGGGCCGGAGGGGGCCGGGGGCAGCAACAGGGAACAACGCAGGUGAACGAGUGAGGAAUUUUUACAAAAUUACGACGUCAUUUGGGUCUCUUUUGUGACCUCUUUUUUCAAUACUGUAAAUCCACCUUUGGGCGAAGCCACCUGACCUGAGGCCCCGGAGGGCUGGGGUGGCAGGAGCACGUGGGAGCACCGGGACACCUGGGGCCGGGCCUCGCCCCGGAGGCUGGGGGAAGCUGACACAGAUGCCUGGCCUCUCUCCGCCAAAAAGCUUUUUUUCUUUCUUUCUUUUUUUUUUUUUCAUUUAAACAUAUUUUUAAGAACAGGGAAAAAUCAAACAAAACCCCAAGGUAUUCUGGCCUCCCCAGAGCCAGCCCUAGACCGUCAGUCUUUGACUCCUUCCCUCCUCUUUUUUUUUUUUUUUUUUCCUUUCCCCUUUAAGCACUUACAUGGGUUGGGGGUCUGGCUGGGUCAGAGCUCUCUGGGGCCCCGGGGGUCUACAAUGCUUCUCGGUUGGGGUUUGCUGCUGCCCUACUCUCCUUCCCUCCUCGGCUCAGCACGAGGACUCGCCACUUCCCGCCGCCACCCAGCCCCAUCUCUCCCUCCGGGUUUCCCAUCUUCCACCCAAAAAUGUCUUUGUCUCUCUCUUUUUGUUUUGUUUGUUGUUGGUUCUUUUUGGUUUUGGUUUGGUUUAUCUUUUUAGUUUUUUGUUUCUUGUUUUUUUUGUUUCUGUUUUUGUUUUUUUUUAAAUUUUUAAAUUUUUUAAUUUUUUUUUUUUUUUUUUUUUUUUUUUUUUUACAAUUUUGAGGUCUUUGUGUUCAAGGAGAAGCUAUUAUAUUUUGUUAAGAAAGUGG